AGACGAAGAAGAAUCACAACACAACAACAUUAGCAGAGGUCUGAAAUAGAGGAAGUUAUGCCUCAUGUUAAGUCCGCUUAAUAUAGUUUUUUCCAUAACAAUAUUGCGGUGCAAAUCCCGUUGGAUAACCUGCAGUCAGUCGUGACACAGAAUCGAGACUGAGUUUCUUGAAGGCGUUUGUUUUUUACCACUAGCUAGUGCGUUAUGCUAGCCUGCGGUUAGCUUCAGGUGCUGCCUAAAUUAAUCGACACUUCAAAAAAAACUUUAAAAAAACAGUUUGCAUUGUGGUGUGACUUGACUUCUGUGUCUGUGAAGCAGAGAAGCAAGACACAAUAGCAGUUUCUUACCAGACUAAAUAUACUGUAUAUGCCAAGUGGUUGCUGAGUGAUGAGGAGCUUACCAUGAUUGUAGUAAAGAGGAAUAUGGAGCUGGAUGAGAUGCAGCCGAGAAUGCUGGAGCUGCACGAGUUCGGGGAGAGGGUAGAGAAGAGGAGAAAGAUGCAGUCUGAAAAAGAAAAAGAUGAUGAUGAUGAUAUGUCUGAAUCCCUGUGUGAAUCUGUUCCCUCCACAAAUGAGACUCCCAGCAAGAGGACACACGUGGAAGAUGGUUGUGACUCUCUCAGUGUAAAAAAAGCAGUGGUGGUCCUGAUCAGACUCCCUGAAUAUAAGAUCAGGGCUCUUCGACCACCGACGCCUCAGCAGUUCUACAGUGAAGACGAAUCCCACAGCAGUUCGGAUUCAGAUAUGCAGUGGGAACCAGAGGAUGAUUCUAGUGAUUCUGAUUUCUCAGCCUCAAACAAUGAAAAGAAAACUGUAAAACCCACUAAGACUGAAACAACAAGACCACCUGCACCACAAACGAGCAGUAACAACAACAACAAGAACACCCAUGAACCUAACCCCAUAAUUGAAUCAUCAGCUUUUGGCCAUUGUUCUCAUGAAACCACCAAGAUCCGUCCCGACUUGCCAGAGGAAGAGGUCAAAGUGGACAUGAUGGUGCUGACCAGGAAGAGGCGCAUGAGAUGGCAACGAGGGAAAAUAGUGGAGAUAGUUACAAAAGAAGAUGGACGGUUGAAGUACAAGGUUAGUUUUGAAGAGAAGGGGAAGAGCCUAGUAUCUGGACACCACAUCGCAUUUGACCAUCCACCAAAGCUGGAGCAGCUGUAUGUCGGUGCUCGAGUGGUGGUCAGGUGUCAGGAUAACAAGUUCCGGUUCAGGCCUGGUAUUUUGGCAGAGCUCCCCAGCAGAAAGAACCGCUUAAGGUUCUUGGUCUUUAUUGACGAUCACACACCCGUUUACGUUGGCUUACCUUUACUUCACCUGGUGUGCAGACCAUUGAAAGACGCUUUAGACGACAUUCCUGACAGCUCUCACAAGUAUUUCAUGAAGCAAUACAUAAAGGACUGGCCGUAUCCACAUUUAACCCAGUACAGGGCUGGACAGACCCUUAAUGCAGAAUUAAACGGAGUCCAGCAGAGGUGUGAGGUGCAGGUAGUCGACUGCAGCUUGAUACAGGUUGUUUUUCAGGGUGAUCAACAUAAGGAGUGGAUCCACCGAGGCUCCAUACGGCUGGAACAUAUGGCAAGAUUUUUGGAAUUGAAGAGUGGGGAAGAGCAUAAAGAUGGCUGAAUAAAAGCCCACAGGCACGGACGAACUAUAAUGUGGGUCUGGAAAAUGGAAAAGUCCAAGUUCAGUUUCCAUAACUGUCACAACAACGUGAUGUGCCAAUGGAUUGUUUUUUGGGAAACAUGACUUUAAUAAUAAUAAUUUUUUUUUUUUUUUUUUUAUUGAUGCGUUUCUAUUAUAUAACGCACAUGCAACUGCGGUUGAAAAAGUGAAAGACGGUGCUACGUCAUCAGCAUGUGUUGAAAUUUGCCAGUGUGGAUAUUGUACUGCUGUGUUGUGAGUUUUGGGAAGUAGGAAAGGCAGAUUAAGACCACUGUAAAUAUACAGGGUAAAAUUAAAAAUACUGCAUAACCAAAACAAGUCAGUAAUUCUCAUGGUACUCAAAUCCACUUAGAAGUUCAUAUAAUUUUAAUUCUGUUUGUUUUUUUUGUACAUUUAUUCAGAGACGGUGUUCAUAGUUUCUCGUCUGGAUCAGCAUUUUCUCAAUAUCCAAUCUGAUUUCCAAUUAUUUCUUUGCUUUUAUGUAGUUUCCCACAUCCAGCCUGGUAGUCUUUUGUUUAAAUUUGUAAAUAAUAAAAGUAACAUUGAUUGUUUGACAUUUUAUUGUUUAUUUUAUUUUAUUGACAUAUUAUUGUAUAUUAGCUUGUCAUUCGCAAGUGUCCUCAGCCUCAUUUCCAGAGUUGUUGCAUUAAAAAAAAACAAUCUUAUUUCUCAA